CCUGAAUCCCAACACCUCUUUGUGGGAUAUGGAUUAUGAAGGACUGUUUCACAGUAAGACAAUUCUCCCAGGGACUACUGGCUCUUAUAAGCUCUCCAGCCUAUUUAGAAAUAAUUUUUUUGUAAGUCAUGAGGAAAGAAGGCGGCUGGUAACAAAUCCGAACUUGACCCAGAAAUUGAAAAGAGAGCAGAUAUCUUGUGAUGUACUCCUUAAGCUUUCCAGAUAUGUUCUAAUGGAUGCCUUUGGACCUGGUCUGGCUUGGAAUAUAUUCCGCUUCUGUGACUGUGAUGAAGAAAUCAACCCACCUAAAAUUCAUAUCGACCCUCUCCAGCUGUUGCAAUCCAAGCUGAAGCCCUUGUUGUUAUCCCAAGUACUUAAACGUCUCAGGGACGUGGGAGUAUUGGCUGAAGCCCAGCAAUCCAAGGCCUUCUCACUGCUAAAGAAGCAAAUGGUUCUACCCAAGGAAACCACAAGGAAAAUGGUGCAAAAACCUGACAUAAAAGAAAGCGGGAGGCCGGGGAAGCCGAGCCGCAGAGCCGGAGCAGCCUCGCCUCGCCUCGCAGAGCCGGCAGGACGCCCCGAGGAGGCUGCACGACCCGUCGGGGCCAGGCGAGCCCCAGGUGGCUGCCCCGAGCCCGGCCGGCUCCUGACGCCCUGGCAGCCCGGGCACGACGGCGGGCUCCCGGCCCUCAUCGGCAGCGGGGAGGCGCGGCGGCUGGAGGGCUCCGCCACACUGCACUCGCUGCGCAUCCAGGACGGCGGGACACUGGUCUUCGCAGAUCGGCAGCAGCCCAUCACGCUGAGGGCCCGCUACAUCCUCAUCCAGGACGGCGGGGCCCUGCACAUCGGCUCCCGGCGCUGCCCUUACCGCUCCCGGGCCACCAUCUCGCUCUAUGGCAAAGCCGCCGAGGGGCCGGACGUGCCAGGCUAUGGGAGGAAAUUCGUGGGCGUGGGCCCGGGGGGGACACUGGAGCUGCAUGGCAGGAAGCCACGCUCCUGGACCCUCCUGGACAAAACCUUGUACCCAGGCGGGCUGCGCUUUGGCUCCUACCAGUCCCAGAAGCAGUGGAGCAGCCGUGGCCUCAACCUGCGCGUCGUCGAUGGGGACACGGGGCAGGUGGUGGCAGCCGAUCGCUUUGACACCCACCUGCGGGCAGAUGAGAGCAGGAGGCUGAGGGAUUUCCUGGCAAGUCAAGCCCCGGGGAAGGUGGUGGCCGCUGCUGUGGGAGAUUCAGCAGCCAAGCGUCUGACCCUGGAAACCCGGCUCCUGCUCAAGGAGGUUCUUCAUAGCCAGCACAUCCUACACCUGGGCUACAGGCAGCCCUGGGCUCUGGUUGGGGUCCUUGGAGGCGAUCAGUUUUCGACCUCAGAAGACAGAAAGCAGUACCAAAGAAAUGGAACAACGGGACUAGCCGUAGCAGAAAGAGACUUUCAGACCUAUGAUGGAACCCAUUUUACAGUCACUGCUUUCAGCGGAUGGAUAAAAGGGGUACCUCAUAAUGGAUUUAAAGUGGAAGUGUCCAAAGGCAUCAUUCUUAACUUGGUAGAUGAUGUUACAAGUUGGUUACCUGGAGAUAGGAUAGUCAUUGCUAGUACUGAUUAUUCAAUGCAUCAAGCUGAGGAAUUUAAUCUCCUUCCUUGCCCUGAAUGUAAAAGUAAUCAAGUGAAGAUUGAUGGCAGCCCACUCUAUCUUCAUAUUGGAGAAGUUGUAGAUGGCAUAGACAUGAGGGCAGAGGUUGGUCUUCUAACUAGAAAUAUACUUAUUAAAGGAGAAAUGGAGGACUCUUGUUACGGACAAAACCAUUGCCAGUUUUUCUCCUUUGACACAUUUGGAGGACAUAUUAAGAUUCAAAGAAAUUUUAGCUCUGUUCACAUGGAAGGAGUAGAAUUAAAAAACAUGGGGCAGCAAAUACUGGGUAGCUAUCCAGUGCAUUUUCACUUGACUGGAGAUGUGGAUGAGAGAGGAGGAUAUGAUCCCCCUACUUACCUGGAUAAUCUGGCCAUUCAUCACAGUUUCUCUAGGUGUAUUGCCAUACAUGGAACUCAUGGCCUUCUGGUUAAAGAUACUAUUGGCUAUGACACCCUGGGUCACUGUUUUUUCCUUGAGGAUGGAAUGGAGCAACGCAAUACAUUUUACCACAACUUGGGCCUUCUUACUAAGUCUGGAACCAUCUUGCCUUCAGAUCGUAAUGAAGCAAUGUGCCUUGCAAUACGUAACAAUGUAUAUGGAAAUUAUAUUCCUCUGCCAAGCACCGAUUGCAUGGCUGUCAGCACAUUCUGGAUUGCUAACCCAAACAACAAUUUAAUAGACAAUGCAGCAGCUGGUGCUCAGGAUGUCGGGAUAUGGUACAUCUUCCACCGGGUUCCAACGGGACAGUCUGAGGGACAAUAUCCAGAGGGACAAGCUGAGUUUACUCCUUUGGGGAUAUUUUACAACAACAGAGUCCAUUCUAAUUUCAAGGCUGGCUUGUUUAUUGGAAAAGGAGUAAAAACAACAAAAGCCAGUGCUGAAGAUCCUAGAGAGUAUCUUACUGUAGAUAAUGCUAGGUUCCGCCCACAUCAGGAUGCCGACCCUGAAAAGCCACGUAUUCCCGCAUUAAUUGAUGGCCUCAUCGCUUUUAAAAAUAAUGACCACGGGGCCUGGGCCAGGGGUGGGGACAUUAUUUUCCGCAACUCUGGGUUUUCAGACAAUGGAAUUGGACUGACUCUUGCUAGUGAUGGAACUUUCCCAACUGAUGAGGGUUCCAGCCUGGAAGUAACACAGUCCAUUUUUAUUGGAGAAAGCAAUAACAUUGGCUCCCAGGGAGGACAAAACAGCUACUGGGGGAAAGGGGCAAAUGGAGAAUAUAGGACACUGCCCAGGAACAAGACCUUCCCCAUCCGUGGCUUCCAGAUUUAUGAUGGCCCUGUCCGGAUGGCAAAAUGCACUUUCAAAAAAUUUACCACCACUGCCGAUAGAUAUUCAAGUGCCAUCGGCUUCUUCAUGAAGAAUUCCUGGCAGAUAAGCCCACAGAAUAACGUAUCACAAAUCAGGAUGGAGAGAAGUGUUGGGCUGAAGGUUUUCUUUGGUAGACCAGGCCAAUGGUUUGGAGACAAUGAUAAUGAUGGUGACAAAGUUUCUGUUUUUCAUGAUCUGGAUGGUUCAGUGACGGGAUAUCCAGACACCUUCAUAGGCAGAGCGGACAACUCCCUGCUUCGUCAUCCAGGUUGUCUCACAGUUCCAAGGUGGAAUGGGAUGAUAUGCGCUGGGAAAUAUGCACAGCUUUAUAUUCAGGCCAGACGUCCUGAGAAUCUAACCUUAUUGAUUGCCAGAGCAGCAUACUAUUCUCAUCCCCUGAGGCUGCAAGGCGUCAAUAGAGGAGUACCAUACCAACAGUACCAACCUGUGGUGAUGCUGGAGCAAGCUUAUACCAUUCACUGGGAUGGGGGAGCACCAGAGGACAUCAUUCUGUACCCAAUUAACUUCAACAGGGGAGACUGGCUGCACAUUGCGUUAUGUUAUCCCAAGGAAUCUGUUUUCACUGUUGUGGCAGACAUCUACCAGCGGCAGACAGGGCGAGUGCACAGUGUAAAACACUUCCUAGCAGCCCCUUCCCGGCACAGCGCCCUCAACAGGACGGGCGAGCGGCUUUUCUACUUCGACAGUGCCUCAGGAUACCUGUUUGUUCAUCUUCAAGCCCGUGAAGCUCGAAAAGGGCAUAGUUACUGCUCUCAGCAAGGCUGUGAACGCAUUAAAAUUAUGGCACACAUGUACUCAAGGGACUCCUGGAGUUGUGCCUUUAACCCUUUCCUGGAGGAUUAUAACAGACCAGCUACACUGCACUCAAUUCCUCAGCGACUGACUGCGCCUUGUAGCCAGUGUGGUGCCCCUCAGGUUGCUAUCACUAGUAAACCUUCAAUCAAAUACGUAAGAAUCCAGAUCCAGUCUCUCAGCAGAGCUGACAUGCAGAACCACUUAAAAUCAGCUUUCAUUAAGAUAAAUGAUACAUUUUUCCUGCUCAGUAGCCGUGGGCUAUUUUUCGUGGUGCUGGAUGCAUGUUCAGGAGCAGUCGUGAGUAGGCGGCAUUUUGACACGGUUGGUGCUAUAGAUGCUGCCAGUGCAAUGACUGAUUAUGUUCAAACAUCUGUAAAAGAGAGAUCAGUCGUUCUUGUGUGCUCUAGAGAUAUGACAGAAAUGACUGGAUGCUCUGAAAUGUCUGUUUUUACAAGGUUAGGUUCUGCAAAGCCUAUUGUCUUCCACAAAAAAGGGAGUUUUGCUAUGCUUGGAUAUAAGGGACAGGCCAAACCCUCCUGGAUUAAAAUCCUUAAUCGAGCUGCUGAUCAGAAAACCAUUUCUCUACAGCAUUACGUUCCCUUGAAGUUGAAUGAAUAUGGAUGUCCAGCUAAAGCUGAAGAUUUUUAGGACACCCCAUGUAGCAGAGCCACUUACAACACAACUCCAUAGAGGAUGGAAAAUUUGGCAAUUAAAUCCUGCUACGCUGUUGGCUUAACAUGAGCCUGACAAAUUCUACAGCUCUCGGCAUCACUCCAGUGUUAUUUUUAUGAGAUUGUAUCAAGCCAAUGUUAUUUCACUUGUAUUUUUUAUAACUAAUAAAUAUAGUCUUAUCUUACAAAA